AUGCAUGACCUAUUUAACCUAGACGCGCGUAGACAUACGUAUGCAUGCGUACCAGAGCAGGUGAGUGGUGCAGCAGAGCAGGUGAGUGGAGCGGCAGAGCAGGUGAGUGGUGCGGCAGAGCAGGUGAGUGGUGCGGCAGAGCAGGUGAGUGGUGCGGCAGAGCAGGUGAGUGGUGCGGCAGAGCAGGUGAGUGGUGCAGCACAGCAGGUGAGUGGUGCAGCAGAGCAGGUGAGUGGUGCAGCAGAGCAGGUGAGUGGUGCGGCAGAGCAGGUGAGUGGUGCGGCAGAGCAGGUGAGUAGUGCAGCAGAGCAGGUGAGUGGUGCAGCAGAGCAGGUGAGUGGUGCAGCAGAGCAGGUGAGUGGUGCAGCAGAGCAGGUGAGUGGUGCAGCAGAGCAGGUGAGUGGUGCGGCAGAGCAGGUGAGUGGUGCGGCAGAGCAGGUGAGUGGUGCAGCAGAGCAGGUGAGUGGUGCGGCAGAGCAGGUGAGUGGUGCGGCAGAGCAGGUGAGUGGUGCAGCAGAGCAGGUGAGUGGUGCAGCAGAGCAGGUGAGUGGUGCAGCAGAGCAGGUGAGUGGUGCGGCAGAGCAGGUGAGUGGUGCAGCAGAGCAGGUGAGUGGUGCAGCAGAGCAGGUGAGUGGUGCAGCAGAGCAGGUGAGUGGUGCAGCAGAGCAGGUGAGUGGUGCGGCAGAGCAGGUGAGUGGUGCAGCAGAGCAGGUGAGUGGUGCAGCAGAGCAGGUGAGUGGUGCGGCAGAGCAGGUGAGUGGUGCAGCAGAGCAGGUGAGUGGUGCAGCAGAGCAGGUGAGUGGUGCAGCAGAGCAGGUGAGUGGUGCAGCAGAGCAGGUGAGUGGUGCGGCAGAGCAGGUGAGUGGUGCAGCAGAGCAGGUGAGUGGUGCAGCAGAGCAGGUGAGUGGUGCAGCAGAGCAGGUGAGUGGUGCAGCAGAGCAGGUGAGUGGUGCGGCAGAUCAGGUGAGUGGUGCAGCAGAGCAGGUGAGUGGUGCAGCAGAGCAGGUGAGUGGUGCGGCAGAGCAGGUGAGUGGUGCGGCAGAGCAGGUGAGUGGUGCGGCAGAGCAGGUGAGUGGUGCGGCAGAGCAGGUGAGUGGUGCGGCAGAGCAGGUGAGUGGUGCAGCAGAGCAGGUGAGUGGUGCAGCAGAGCAGGUGAGUGGUGCAGCAGAGCAGGUGAGUGGUGCGGCAGAGCAGGUGAGUGGUGCGGCAGAGCAGGUGAGUGGUGCAGCAGAGCAGGUGAGUGGUGCAGCAGAGCAGGUGAGUGGUGCAGCAGAGCAGGUGAGUGGUGCAGCAGAGCAGGUGAGUGGUGCGGCAGAGCAGGUGAGUGGUGCAGCAGAGCAGGUGAGUGGUGCAGCAGAGCAGGUGAGUGGUGCAGCAGAGCAGGUGAGUGGUGCAGCAGAGCAGGUGAGUGGUGCGGCAGAGCAGGUGAGUGGUGCAGCAGAGCAGGUGAGUGGUGCAGCAGAGCAGGUGAGUGGUGCAGCAGAGCAGGUGAGUGGUGCAGCAGAGCAGGUGAGUGGUGCAGCAGAGCAGGUGAGUGGUGCGGCAGAGCAGGUGAGUGGUGCAGCAGAGCAGGUGAGUGGUGCGGCAGAGCAGGUGAGUGGUGCAGCAGAGCAGGUGAGUGGUGCAGCAGAGCAGGUGAGUGGUGCAGCAGAGCAGGUGAGUGGUGCGGCAGAGCAGGUGAGUGGUGCGGCAGAGCAGGUGAGUGGUGCGGCAGAGCAGGUGAGUGGUGCGGCAGAGCAGGUGAGUGGUGCAGCAGAGCAGGUGAGUGGUGCAGCAGAGCAGGUGAGUGGUGCAGCAGAGCAGGUGAGUGGUGCAGCAGAGCAGGUGAGUGGUGCGGCAGAGCAGGUGAGUGGUGCGGCAGAGCAGGUGAGUGGUGCGGCAGAGCAGGUGAGUGGUGCAGCAGAGCAGGUGAGUGGUGCAGCAGAGCAGGUGAGUGGUGCGGCAGAGCAGGUGAGUGGUGCGGCAGAGCAGGUGAGUGGUGCAGCAGAGCAGGUGAGUGGUGCAGCAGAGCAGGUGAGUGGUGCAGCAGAGCAGGUGAGUGGUGCAGCAGAGCAGGUGAGUGGUGCAGCAGAGCAGAUGAGUGGUGCAGCAGAGCAGGUGAGUGGUGCAGCAGAGCAGGUGAGUGGUGCAGCAGAGCAGGUGAGUGGUGCGGCAGAGCAGGUGAGUGGUGCAGCAGAGCAGGUGAGUGGUGCAGCAGAGCAGGUGAGUGGUGCAGCAGAGCAGGUGAGUGGUGCGGCAGAGCAGGUGAGUGGUGCAGCAGAGCAGGUGAGUGGUGCGGCAGAGCAGGUGAGUGGUGCGGCAGAGCAGGUGAGUGGUGCGGCAGAGCAGGUGAGUGGUGCGGCAGAGCAGGUGAGUGGUGCGGCAGAGCAGGUGAGUGGUGCAGCAGAGCAGGUGAGUGGUGCAGCAGAGCAGGUGAGUGGUGCAGCAGAGCAGGUGAGUGGUGCGGCAGAGCAGGUGAGUGGUGCAGCAGAGCAGGUGAGUGGUGCAGCAGAGCAGGUGACUGGUGCAGCAGAGCAGGUGAGUGGUGCAGCAGAGCAGGUGAGUGGUGCAGCAGAGCAGGUGAGUGGUGCAGCAGAGCAGGUGAGUGGUGCGGCAGAGCAGGUGACUGGUGCAGCAGAGCAGGUGAGUGGUGCAGCAGAGCAGGUGAGUGGUGCGGCAGAGCAGGUGAGUGGUGCAGCACAGCAGGUGAGUGGUGCAGCAGAGCAGGUGAGUGGUGCAGCAGAGCAGGUGAGUGGUGCGGCAGAGCAGGUGAGUGGUGCGGCAGAGCAGGUGAGUAGUGCAGCAGAGCAGGUGAGUGGUGCAGCAGAGCAGGUGAGUGGUGCAGCAGAGCAGGUGAGUGGUGCAGCAGAGCAGGUGAGUGGUGCAGCAGAGCAGGUGAGUGGUGCGGCAGAGCAGGUGAGUGGUGCGGCAGAGCAGGUGAGUGGUGCAGCAGAGCAGGUGAGUGGUGCGGCAGAGCAGGUGAGUGGUGCGGCAGAGCAGGUGAGUGGUGCAGCAGAGCAGGUGAGUGGUGCAGCAGAGCAGGUGAGUGGUGCAGCAGAGCAGGUGAGUGGUGCGGCAGAGCAGGUGAGUGGUGCAGCAGAGCAGGUGAGUGGUGCAGCAGAGCAGGUGAGUGGUGCAGCAGAGCAGGUGAGUGGUGCAGCAGAGCAGGUGAGUGGUGCGGCAGAGCAGGUGAGUGGUGCAGCAGAGCAGGUGAGUGGUGCAGCAGAGCAGGUGAGUGGUGCGGCAGAGCAGGUGAGUGGUGCAGCAGAGCAGGUGAGUGGUGCAGCAGAGCAGGUGAGUGGUGCAGCAGAGCAGGUGAGUGGUGCAGCAGAGCAGGUGAGUGGUGCGGCAGAGCAGGUGAGUGGUGCAGCAGAGCAGGUGAGUGGUGCAGCAGAGCAGGUGAGUGGUGCAGCAGAGCAGGUGAGUGGUGCAGCAGAGCAGGUGAGUGGUGCGGCAGAUCAGGUGAGUGGUGCAGCAGAGCAGGUGAGUGGUGCAGCAGAGCAGGUGAGUGGUGCGGCAGAGCAGGUGAGUGGUGCGGCAGAGCAGGUGAGUGGUGCGGCAGAGCAGGUGAGUGGUGCGGCAGAGCAGGUGAGUGGUGCGGCAGAGCAGGUGAGUGGUGCAGCAGAGCAGGUGAGUGGUGCAGCAGAGCAGGUGAGUGGUGCAGCAGAGCAGGUGAGUGGUGCGGCAGAGCAGGUGAGUGGUGCGGCAGAGCAGGUGAGUGGUGCAGCAGAGCAGGUGAGUGGUGCAGCAGAGCAGGUGAGUGGUGCAGCAGAGCAGGUGAGUGGUGCAGCAGAGCAGGUGAGUGGUGCGGCAGAGCAGGUGAGUGGUGCAGCAGAGCAGGUGAGUGGUGCAGCAGAGCAGGUGAGUGGUGCAGCAGAGCAGGUGAGUGGUGCAGCAGAGCAGGUGAGUGGUGCGGCAGAGCAGGUGAGUGGUGCAGCAGAGCAGGUGAGUGGUGCAGCAGAGCAGGUGAGUGGUGCAGCAGAGCAGGUGAGUGGUGCAGCAGAGCAGGUGAGUGGUGCAGCAGAGCAGGUGAGUGGUGCGGCAGAGCAGGUGAGUGGUGCAGCAGAGCAGGUGAGUGGUGCGGCAGAGCAGGUGAGUGGUGCAGCAGAGCAGGUGAGUGGUGCAGCAGAGCAGGUGAGUGGUGCAGCAGAGCAGGUGAGUGGUGCGGCAGAGCAGGUGAGUGGUGCGGCAGAGCAGGUGAGUGGUGCGGCAGAGCAGGUGAGUGGUGCGGCAGAGCAGGUGAGUGGUGCAGCAGAGCAGGUGAGUGGUGCAGCAGAGCAGGUGAGUGGUGCAGCAGAGCAGGUGAGUGGUGCAGCAGAGCAGGUGAGUGGUGCGGCAGAGCAGGUGAGUGGUGCGGCAGAGCAGGUGAGUGGUGCGGCAGAGCAGGUGAGUGGUGCAGCAGAGCAGGUGAGUGGUGCAGCAGAGCAGGUGAGUGGUGCGGCAGAGCAGGUGAGUGGUGCGGCAGAGCAGGUGAGUGGUGCAGCAGAGCAGGUGAGUGGUGCAGCAGAGCAGGUGAGUGGUGCAGCAGAGCAGGUGAGUGGUGCAGCAGAGCAGGUGAGUGGUGCAGCAGAGCAGAUGAGUGGUGCAGCAGAGCAGGUGAGUGGUGCAGCAGAGCAGGUGAGUGGUGCAGCAGAGCAGGUGAGUGGUGCGGCAGAGCAGGUGAGUGGUGCAGCAGAGCAGGUGAGUGGUGCAGCAGAGCAGGUGAGUGGUGCAGCAGAGCAGGUGAGUGGUGCGGCAGAGCAGGUGAGUGGUGCAGCAGAGCAGGUGAGUGGUGCAGCAGAGCAGGUGAGUGGUGCGGCAGAGCAGGUGAGUGGUGCGGCAGAGCAGGUGAGUGGUGCAGCAGAGCAGGUGAGUGGUGCGGCAGAGCAGGUGAGUGGUGCAGCAGAGCAGGUGAGUGGUGCAGCAGAGCAGGUGAGUGGUGCGGCAGAGCAGGUGAGUGGUGCGGCAGAGCAGGUGAGUGGUGCGGCAGAGCAGGUGAGUGGUGCGGCAGAGCAGGUGAGUGGUGCGGCAGAGCAGGUGAGUGGUGCAGCAGAGCAGGUGAGUGGUGCAGCAGAGCAGGUGAGUGGUGCAGCAGAGCAGGUGAGUGGUGCGGCAGAGAAGGUGAGUGGUGCAGCAGAGCAGGUGAGUGGUGCAGCAGAGCAGGUGAGUGGUGCAGCAGAGCAGGUGAGUGGUGCAGCAGAGCAGGUGAGUGGUGCGGCAGAGCAGGUGAGUGGUGCGGCAGAGCAGGUGAGUGGUGCAGCAGAGCAGGUGAGUGGUGCAGCAGAGCAGGUGAGUGGUGCAGCAGAGCAGGUGAGUGGUGCAGCAGAGCAGGUGAGUGGUGCGGCAGAGCAGGUGAGUGGUGCAGCAGAGCAGGUGAGUGGUGCGGCAGAGCAGGUGAGUGGUGCAGCAGAGCAGGUGAGUGGUGCAGCAGAGCAGGUGAGUGGUGCAGCAGAGCAGGUGAGUGGUGCGGCAGAGCAGGUGAGUGGUGCGGCAGAGCAGGUGAGUGGUGCGGCAGAGCAGGUGAGUGGUGCGGCAGAGCAGGUGAGUGGUGCAGCAGAGCAGGUGAGUGGUGCGGCAGAGCAGGUGAGUGGUGCGGCAGAGCAGGUGAGUGGUGCGGCAGAGCAGGUGAGUGGUGCGGCAGAGCAGGUGAGUGGUGCGGCAGAGCAGGUGAGUGGUGCGGCAGAGCAGGUGAGUGGUGCGGCAGAGCAGGUGAGUGGUGCGGCUGAGCAGGUGAGUGGUGCGGCAGAGCAGGUGAGUGGUGCGGCAGAGCAGGUGAGUGGUGCAGCAGAGCAGGUGAGUGGUGCGGCAGAGCAGGUGAGUGGUGCGGCAGAGCAGGUGAGUGGUGCGGCAGAGCAGGUGAGUGGUGCGGCAGAGCAGGUGAGCGGUGCGGCAGAGCAGGUGAGUGGUGCGGCAGAGCAGGUGAGUGGUGCGGCAGAGCAGGUGAGUGGUGCGGCAGAGCAGGUGAGUGGUGCGGCAGAGCAGGUGAGUGGUGCGGCAGAGCAGGUGAGUGGUGCGGCAGAGCAGGUGAGUGGUGCGGCAGAGCAGGUGAGUGGUGCGGCAGAGCAGGUGAGUGGUGCGGCAGAGCAGGUGAGUGGUGCGGCAGAGCAGGUGAGUGGUGCGGCAGAGCAGGUGAGUGGUGCGGCAGAGCAGGUGAGUGGUGCGGCAGAGCAGGUGAGUGGUGCGGCAGAGCAGGUGAGUGGUGCGGCAGAGCAGGUGAGUGGUGCGGCAGAGCAGGUGAGUGGUGCAGCAGAGCAGGUGAGUGGUGCGGCAGAGCAGGUGAGUGGUGCAGCAGAGCAGGUGAGUGGUGCAGCAGAGCAGGUGAGUGGUGCGGCAGAGCAGAUGAGUGGUGCGGCAGAGCAGGUGAGUGGUGCAGCAGAGCAGGUGAGUGGUGCAGCAGAGCAGGUGAGUGGUGCAGCAGAGCAGGUGAGUGGUGCAGCAGAGCAGGUGAGUGGUGCGGCAGAGCAGGUGAGUGGUGCGGCAGAGCAGGUGAGUGGUGCAGAAGAGCAGGUGAGUGGUGCAGCAGAGCAGGUGAGUGGUGCAGCAGAGCAGGUGAGUGGUGCAGCAGAGCAGGUGAGUGGUGCGGCAGAGCAGGUGAGUGGUGCAGCAGAGCAGGUGAGUGGUGCAGCAGAGCAGGUGAGUGGUGCAGCAGAGCAGGUGAGUGGUGCGACAGAGCAGGUGAGUGGUGCAGCAGAGCAGGUGAGUGGUGCAGCAGAGCAGGUGAGUGGUGCAGCAGAGCAGGUGAGUGGUGCAGCAGAGCAGGUGAGUGGUGCAGCAGAGCAGGUGAGUGGUGCAGCAGAGCAGGUGAGUGGUGCGGCAGAGCAGGUGAGUGGUGCGGCAGAGCAGGUGAGUGGUGCAGCAGAGCAGGUGAGUGGUGCGGCAGAGCAGGUGAGUGGUGCAGCAGAGCAGGUGAGUGGUGCAGCAGAGCAGGUGAGUGGUGCGGCAGAGCAGGUGAGUGGUGCAACAGAGCAGGUGAGUGGUGCGGCAGAGCAGGUGAGUGGUGCGGCAGAGCAGGUGAGUGGUGCAGCAGAGCAGGUGAGUGGUGCAGCAGAGCAGGUGAGUGGUGCGGCAGAGCAGGUGAGUGGUGCGGCAGAGCAGGUGAGUGGUGCAGCAGAGCAGGUGAGUGGUGCAGCAGAGCAGGUGAGUGGUGCAGCAGAGCAGGUGAGUGGUGCAGCAGAGCAGGUGAGUGGUGCAGCAGAGCAGGUGAGUGGUGCAGCAGAGCAGGUGAGUGGUGCAGCAGAGCAGGUGAGUGGUGCAGCAGAGCAGGUGAGUGGUGCAGCAGAGCAGGUGAGUGGUGCGGCAGAGCAGGUGAGUGGUGCAGCAGAGCAGGUGAGUGGUGCAGCAGAGCAGGUGAGUGGUGCAGCAGAGCAGGUGAGUGGUGCAGCAGAGCAGGUGAGUGGUGCAGCAGAGCAGGUGAGUGGUGCAGCAGAGCAGGUGAGUGGUGCAGCAGAGCAGGUGAGUGGUGCAGCAGAGCAGGUGAGUGGUGCAGCAGAGCAGGUGAGUGGUGCAGCAGAGCAGGUGAGUGGUGCGGCAGAGCAGGUGAGUGGUGCGGCAGAGCAGGUGAGUGGUGCAGCAGAGCAGGUGAGUGGUGCAGCAGAGCAGGUGAGUGGUGCGGCAGAGCAGGUGAGUGGUGCGGCAGAGCAGGUGAGUGGUGCAGCAGAGCAGGUGAGUGGUGCGGCAGAGCAGGUGAGUGGUGCAGCAGAGCAGGUGAGUGGUGCAGCAGAGCAGGUGAGUGGUGCGGCAGAGCAGGUGAGUGGUGCGGCAGAGCAGGUGAGUGGUGCGGCAGAGCAGGUGAGCGGUGCGGCAGAGCAGGUGAGUGGUGCGGCAGAGCAGGUGAGUGGUGCGGCAGAGCAGGUGAGUGGUGCGGCAGAGCAGGUGAGUGGUGCGGCAGAGCAGGUGAGUGGUGCGGCAGAGCAGGUGAGUGGUGCGGCAGAGCAGGUGAGUGGUGCGGCAGAGCAGGUGAGUGGUGCGGCAGAGCAGGUGAGUGGUGCGGCAGAGCAGGUGAGUGGUGCGGCAGAGCAGGUGAGUGGUGCGGCAGAGCAGGUGAGUGGUGCGGCAGAGCAGGUGAGUGGUGCGGCAGAGCAGGUGAGUGGUGCGGCAGAGCAGGUGAGUGGUGCGGCAGAGCAGGUGAGUGGUGCGGCAGAGCAGGUGAGUGGUGCAGCAGAGCAGGUGAGUGGUGCGGCAGAGCAGGUGAGUGGUGCAGCAGAGCAGGUGAGUGGUGCAGCAGAGCAGGUGAGUGGUGCAGCAGAGCAGGUGAGUGGUGCGGCAGAGCAGAUGAGUGGUGCGGCAGAGCAGGUGAGUGGUGCAGCAGAGCAGGUGAGUGGUGCAGCAGAGCAGGUGAGUGGUGCAGCAGAGCAGGUGAGUGGUGCAGCAGAGCAGGUGAGUGGUGCGGCAGAGCAGGUGAGUGGUGCGGCAGAGCAGGUGAGUGGUGCAGAAGAGCAGGUGAGUGGUGCAGCAGAGCAGGUGAGUGGUGCAGCAGAGCAGGUGAGUGGUGCAGCAGAGCAGGUGAGUGGUGCGGCAGAGCAGGUGAGUGGUGCAGCAGAGCAGGUGAGUGGUGCAGCAGAGCAGGUGAGUGGUGCAGCAGAGCAGGUGAGUGGUGCGACAGAGCAGGUGAGUGGUGCAGCAGAGCAGGUGAGUGGUGCAGCAGAGCAGGUGAGUGGUGCAGCAGAGCAGGUGAGUGGUGCAGCAGAGCAGGUGAGUGGUGCAGCAGAGCAGGUGAGUGGUGCAGCAGAGCAGGUGAGUGGUGCGGCAGAGCAGGUGAGUGGUGCGGCAGAGCAGGUGAGUGGUGCGGCAGAGCAGGUGAGUGGUGCAACAGAGCAGGUGAGUGGUGCGGCAGAGCAGGUGAGUGGUGCGGCAGAGCAGGUGAGUGGUGCAGCAGAGCAGGUGAGUGGUGCAGCAGAGCAGGUGAGUGGUGCGGCAGAGCAGGUGAGUGGUGCGGCAGAGCAGGUGAGUGGUGCAGCAGAGCAGGUGAGUGGUGCAGCAGAGCAGGUGAGUGGUGCAGCAGAGCAGGUGAGUGGUGCAGCAGAGCAGGUGAGUGGUGCAGCAGAGCAGGUGAGUGGUGCAGCAGAGCAGGUGAGUGGUGCAGCAGAGCAGGUGAGUGGUGCAGCAGAGCAGGUGAGUGGUGCAGCAGAGCAGGUGAGUGGUGCGGCAGAGCAGGUGAGUGGUGCAGCAGAGCAGGUGAGUGGUGCAGCAGAGCAGGUGAGUGGUGCAGCAGAGCAGGUGAGUGGUGCAGCAGAGCAGGUGAGUGGUGCAGCAGAGCAGGUGAGUGGUGCAGCAGAGCAGGUGAGUGGUGCAGCAGAGCAGGUGAGUGGUGCAGCAGAGCAGGUGAGUGGUGCAGCAGAGCAGGUGAGUGGUGCAGCAGAGCAGGUGAGUGGUGCGGCAGAGCAGGUGAGUGGUGCGGCAGAGCAGGUGAGUGGUGCAGCAGAGCAGGUGAGUGGUGCAGCAGAGCAGGUGAGUGGUGCGGCAGAGCAGGUGAGUGGUGCGGCAGAGCAGGUGAGUGGUGCAGCAGAGCAGGUGAGUGGUGCGGCAGAGCAGGUGAGUGGUGCAGCAGAGCAGGUGAGUGGUGCAGCAGAGCAGGUGAGUGGUGCGGCAGAGCAGGUGAGUGGUGCGGCAGAGCAGGUGAGUGGUGCGGCAGAGCAGGUGAGUGGUGCGGCAGAGCAGGUGAGUGGUGCGGCAGAGCAGGUGAGUGGUGCAGCAGAGCAGGUGAGUGGUGCAGCAGAGCAGGUGAGUGGUGCAGCAGAGCAGGUGAGUGGUGCGGCAGAGAAGGUGAGUGGUGCAGCAGAGCAGGUGAGUGGUGCAGCAGAGCAGGUGAGUGGUGCAGCAGAGCAGGUGAGUGGUGCAGCAGAGCAGGUGAGUGGUGCGGCAGAGCAGGUGAGUGGUGCGGCAGAGCAGGUGAGUGGUGCAGCAGAGCAGGUGAGUGGUGCAGCAGAGCAGGUGAGUGGUGCAGCAGAGCAGGUGAGUGGUGCAGCAGAGCAGGUGAGUGGUGCGGCAGAGCAGGUGAGUGGUGCAGCAGAGCAGGUGAGUGGUGCGGCAGAGCAGGUGAGUGGUGCAGCAGAGCAGGUGAGUGGUGCAGCAGAGCAGGUGAGUGGUGCAGCAGAGCAGGUGAGUGGUGCGGCAGAGCAGGUGAGUGGUGCGGCAGAGCAGGUGAGUGGUGCGGCAGAGCAGGUGAGUGGUGCGGCAGAGCAGGUGAGUGGUGCAGCAGAGCAGGUGAGUGGUGCGGCAGAGCAGGUGAGUGGUGCGGCAGAGCAGGUGAGUGGUGCGGCAGAGCAGGUGAGUGGUGCGGCAGAGCAGGUGAGUGGUGCGGCAGAGCAGGUGAGUGGUGCGGCAGAGCAGGUGAGUGGUGCGGCAGAGCAGGUGAGUGGUGCGGCAGAGCAGGUGAGUGGUGCGGCAGAGCAGGUGAGUGGUGCGGCAGAGCAGGUGAGUGGUGCGGCAGAGCAGGUGAGUGGUGCGGCAGAGCAGGUGAGUGGUGCGGCAGAGCAGGUGAGUGGUGCGGCAGAGCAGGUGAGUGGUGCGGCAGAGCAGGUGAGUGGUGCAGCAGAGCAGGUGAGUGGUGCGGCAGAGCAGGUGAGUGGUGCAGCAGAGCAGGUGAGUGGUGCAGCAGAGCAGGUGAGUGGUGCGGCAGAGCAGAUGAGUGGUGCGGCAGAGCAGGUGAGUGGUGCAGCAGAGCAGGUGAGUGGUGCAGCAGAGCAGGUGAGUGGUGCAGCAGAGCAGGUGAGUGGUGCAGCAGAGCAGGUGAGUGGUGCGGCAGAGCAGGUGAGUGGUGCGGCAGAGCAGGUGAGUGGUGCAGAAGAGCAGGUGAGUGGUGCAGCAGAGCAGGUGAGUGGUGCAGCAGAGCAGGUGAGUGGUGCAGCAGAGCAGGUGAGUGGUGCGGCAGAGCAGGUGAGUGGUGCAGCAGAGCAGGUGAGUGGUGCAGCAGAGCAGGUGAGUGGUGCAGCAGAGCAGGUGAGUGGUGCGACAGAGCAGGUGAGUGGUGCAGCAGAGCAGGUGAGUGGUGCAGCAGAGCAGGUGAGUGGUGCAGCAGAGCAGGUGAGUGGUGCAGCAGAGCAGGUGAGUGGUGCAGCAGAGCAGGUGAGUGGUGCAGCAGAGCAGGUGAGUGGUGCGGCAGAGCAGGUGAGUGGUGCGGCAGAGCAGGUGAGUGGUGCGGCAGAGCAGGUGAGUGGUGCAACAGAGCAGGUGAGUGGUGCGGCAGAGCAGGUGAGUGGUGCGGCAGAGCAGGUGAGUGGUGCAGCAGAGCAGGUGAGUGGUGCAGCAGAGCAGGUGAGUGGUGCGGCAGAGCAGGUGAGUGGUGCGGCAGAGCAGGUGAGUGGUGCAGCAGAGCAGGUGAGUGGUGCAGCAGAGCAGGUGAGUGGUGCAGCAGAGCAGGUGAGUGGUGCAGCAGAGCAGGUGAGUGGUGCGGCAGAGCAGGUGAGUGGUGCAGCAGAGCAGGUGAGUGGUGCGGCAGAGCAGGUGAGUGGUGCAGCAGAGCAGGUGAGUGGUGCAGCAGAGCAGGUGAGUGGUGCAGCAGAGCAGGUGAGUGGUGCGGCAGAGCAGGUGAGUGGUGCGGCAGAGCAGGUGAGUGGUGCGGCAGAGCAGGUGAGUGGUGCGGCAGAGCAGGUGAGUGGUGCGGCAGAGCAGGUGAGUGGUGCGGCAGAGCAGGUGAGUGGUGCGGCAGAGCAGGUGAGUGGUGCAGCAGAGCAGGUGAGUGGUGCAGCAGAGCAGGUGAGUGGUGCAGCAGAGCAGGUGAGUGGUGCGGCAGAGCAGGUGAGUGGUGCAGCAGAGCAGGUGAGUGGUGCAGCAGAGCAGGUGACUGGUGCAGCAGAGCAGGUGAGUGGUGCAGCAGAGCAGGUGAGUGGUGCAGCAGAGCAGGUGAGUGGUGCAGCAGAGCAGGUGAGUGGUGCGGCAGAGCAGGUGACUGGUGCAGCAGAGCAGGUGAGUGGUGCAGCAGAGCAGGUGAGUGGAGCGGCAGAGCAGGUGAGUGGUGCGGCAGAGCAGGUGAGUGGUGCGGCAGAGCAGGUGAGUGGUGCGGCAGAGCAGGUGAGUGGUGCGGCAGAGCAGGUGAGUGGUGCAGCACAGCAGGUGAGUGGUGCAGCAGAGCAGGUGAGUGGUGCAGCAGAGCAGGUGAGUGGUGCGGCAGAGCAGGUGAGUGGUGCGGCAGAGCAGGUGAGUAGUGCAGCAGAGCAGGUGAGUGGUGCAGCAGAGCAGGUGAGUGGUGCAGCAGAGCAGGUGAGUGGUGCAGCAGAGCAGGUGAGUGGUGCAGCAGAGCAGGUGAGUGGUGCGGCAGAGCAGGUGAGUGGUGCGGCAGAGCAGGUGAGUGGUGCAGCAGAGCAGGUGAGUGGUGCGGCAGAGCAGGUGAGUGGUGCGGCAGAGCAGGUGAGUGGUGCAGCAGAGCAGGUGAGUGGUGCAGCAGAGCAGGUGAGUGGUGCAGCAGAGCAGGUGAGUGGUGCGGCAGAGCAGGUGAGUGGUGCAGCAGAGCAGGUGAGUGGUGCAGCAGAGCAGGUGAGUGGUGCAGCAGAGCAGGUGAGUGGUGCAGCAGAGCAGGUGAGUGGUGCGGCAGAGCAGGUGAGUGGUGCAGCAGAGCAGGUGAGUGGUGCAGCAGAGCAGGUGAGUGGUGCGGCAGAGCAGGUGAGUGGUGCAGCAGAGCAGGUGAGUGGUGCAGCAGAGCAGGUGAGUGGUGCAGCAGAGCAGGUGAGUGGUGCAGCAGAGCAGGUGAGUGGUGCGGCAGAGCAGGUGAGUGGUGCAGCAGAGCAGGUGAGUGGUGCAGCAGAGCAGGUGAGUGGUGCAGCAGAGCAGGUGAGUGGUGCAGCAGAGCAGGUGAGUGGUGCGGCAGAUCAGGUGAGUGGUGCAGCAGAGCAGGUGAGUGGUGCAGCAGAGCAGGUGAGUGGUGCGGCAGAGCAGGUGAGUGGUGCGGCAGAGCAGGUGAGUGGUGCGGCAGAGCAGGUGAGUGGUGCGGCAGAGCAGGUGAGUGGUGCAGCAGAGCAGGUGAGUGGUGCAGCAGAGCAGGUGAGUGGUGCAGCAGAGCAGGUGAGUGGUGCAGCAGAGCAGGUGAGUGGUGCGGCAGAGCAGGUGAGUGGUGCGGCAGAGCAGGUGAGUGGUGCAGCAGAGCAGGUGAGUGGUGCAGCAGAGCAGGUGAGUGGUGCAGCAGAGCAGGUGAGUGGUGCAGCAGAGCAGGUGAGUGGUGCGGCAGAGCAGGUGAGUGGUGCAGCAGAGCAGGUGAGUGGUGCAGCAGAGCAGGUGAGUGGUGCAGCAGAGCAGGUGAGUGGUGCAGCAGAGCAGGUGAGUGGUGCGGCAGAGCAGGUGAGUGGUGCAGCAGAGCAGGUGAGUGGUGCAGCAGAGCAGGUGAGUGGUGCAGCAGAGCAGGUGAGUGGUGCAGCAGAGCAGGUGAGUGGUGCAGCAGAGCAGGUGAGUGGUGCGGCAGAGCAGGUGAGUGGUGCAGCAGAGCAGGUGAGUGGUGCGGCAGAGCAGGUGAGUGGUGCAGCAGAGCAGGUGAGUGGUGCAGCAGAGCAGGUGAGUGGUGCAGCAGAGCAGGUGAGUGGUGCGGCAGAGCAGGUGAGUGGUGCGGCAGAGCAGGUGAGUGGUGCGGCAGAGCAGGUGAGUGGUGCGGCAGAGCAGGUGAGUGGUGCAGCAGAGCAGGUGAGUGGUGCAGCAGAGCAGGUGAGUGGUGCAGCAGAGCAGGUGAGUGGUGCAGCAGAGCAGGUGAGUGGUGCGGCAGAGCAGGUGAGUGGUGCGGCAGAGCAGGUGAGUGGUGCGGCAGAGCAGGUGAGUGGUGCAGCAGAGCAGGUGAGUGGUGCAGCAGAGCAGGUGAGUGGUGCGGCAGAGCAGGUGAGUGGUGCGGCAGAGCAGGUGAGUGGUGCAGCAGAGCAGGUGAGUGGUGCAGCAGAGCAGGUGAGUGGUGCAGCAGAGCAGGUGAGUGGUGCAGCAGAGCAGGUGAGUGGUGCAGCAGAGCAGAUGAGUGGUGCAGCAGAGCAGGUGAGUGGUGCAGCAGAGCAGGUGAGUGGUGCAGCAGAGCAGGUGAGUGGUGCGGCAGAGCAGGUGAGUGGUGCAGCAGAGCAGGUGAGUGGUGCAGCAGAGCAGGUGAGUGGUGCAGCAGAGCAGGUGAGUGGUGCGGCAGAGCAGGUGAGUGGUGCAGCAGAGCAGGUGAGUGGUGCAGCAGAGCAGGUGAGUGGUGCGGCAGAGCAGGUGAGUGGUGCGGCAGAGCAGGUGAGUGGUGCAGCAGAGCAGGUGAGUGGUGCGGCAGAGCAGGUGAGUGGUGCAGCAGAGCAGGUGAGUGGUGCAGCAGAGCAGGUGAGUGGUGCGGCAGAGCAGGUGAGUGGUGCGGCAGAGAAGGUGAGUGGUGCGGCAGAGCAGGUGAGUGGUGCGGCAGAGCAGGUGAGUGGUGCGGCAGAGCAGGUGAGUGGUGCAGCAGAGCAGGUGAGUGGUGCAGCAGAGCAGGUGAGUGGUGCAGCAGAGCAGGUGAGUGGUGCGGCAGAGAAGGUGAGUGGUGCAGCAGAGCAGGUGAGUGGUGCAGCAGAGCAGGUGAGUGGUGCAGCAGAGCAGGUGAGUGGUGCAGCAGAGCAGGUGAGUGGUGCGGCAGAGCAGGUGAGUGGUGCGGCAGAGCAGGUGAGUGGUGCAGCAGAGCAGGUGAGUGGUGCAGCAGAGCAGGUGAGUGGUGCAGCAGAGCAGGUGAGUGGUGCAGCAGAGCAGGUGAGUGGUGCGGCAGAGCAGGUGAGUGGUGCAGCAGAGCAGGUGAGUGGUGCGGCAGAGCAGGUGAGUGGUGCAGCAGAGCAGGUGAGUGGUGCAGCAGAGCAGGUGAGUGGUGCAGCAGAGCAGGUGAGUGGUGCGGCAGAGCAGGUGAGUGGUGCGGCAGAGCAGGUGAGUGGUGCGGCAGAGCAGGUGAGUGGUGCGGCAGAGCAGGUGAGUGGUGCAGCAGAGCAGGUGAGUGGUGCGGCAGAGCAGGUGAGUGGUGCGGCAGAGCAGGUGAGUGGUGCGGCAGAGCAGGUGAGUGGUGCGGCAGAGCAGGUGAGUGGUGCGGCAGAGCAGGUGAGUGGUGCGGCAGAGCAGGUGAGUGGUGCGGCAGAGCAGGUGAGUGGUGCGGCAUGA